GUCUCUGUAUGUUUGGGAUACUUCCGUGGAAAUAUCUCAAUUAAUAGGAUGCGCGCGAACGACCGUAAAACACAGAAUCAUAACGGCAAGGUGGUUAGUUACAGGGUGGUGGCGGUGGUCGCGGGAAAUAGCGAAGCAGUCACCUUAAGCGGCCUCCGGGCUGACACGCAAUAUCAGCUGGUCGUAACCGCCGUGAGGGCCGGAAAGAAGUUUCGAAGCCGACCGAUCGUCUUCCGUACACUCGAGCCACCACGCACGUCCCCGCAGCAAGAUGCAGCGGUAACUGGUGGUCCUCUUCCUCCACCUCCACCGUCCUCACAACAGCCUCAACCGUAUAUACAACAUCUGCACUGGUCGAGCCAUCACGUGGACUCCUUAGACAGCGGCGGAGCCUUAGGCUGGCCGAGAACUUCGAGGCCGCGCGUCAACAGUGCCAUCGACGUGGCCGGCUUCCUAUCGCAGGAAUUUCUGCGACGCCAUGGGUCCACGUCCAAAUUGUGUCGUAAGGUUCGCAGUGCAGAUAACUUACCUCUCGCGUCAACAAAUCGCCAACAGGACCCGCGAAGAAACUCCAAAGACGAGAGCACUGAGGGUGACCGAGAGUCCUUUCUGAAGCCAAAUCAGGACGACAAGUCCGAGGACCAGGAUUCAAGGAGGCAGAGCAGUCUCGAGAGCGCAACGAAGGACAAUACGGAAACGUCGCUGUUGGAUCCCAGUCAUCAGCAGCCUUCCUCAAGGUGGGUUCAAUUCAAAGCACCGUUGUACGCGUUAAUUUUCAGAUCUCGCUCAAGCAGAACAAGAGGUCACGACGAGGUCAAGAUGACUUUAUAA